AAAUACGCAAGUAAUUUACAACCACAUAUUAUUGUCAUUCAGGAUCUUGUUGUAUCAGCAGAUGAUCUUGAUGACAAAAUGGCGUAUAAUUUUUAUGAAAUGCAACAGCGUAACAACGAAAUUGCAAAUGAUGUGCGAUAUGAGACAAAUGCAACAAGCGCUGAUAUUGAUAAGGAAAUGCAAUGUGAUUGGAAUUCGCCUUCAAGUUAUUUUGAGCUUAAUUAUUCUACUUCAUUGAAAUCAAGAAUCUAUGGAGCAGGAUAUAUUCUUAAACAGACUAUGGAAAUGCGUGAUCCAUAUCUUAUCAGUGAUCGUCGAGGUUAUUUACAGUCAUUUUUAUCAUGUAUGAUUGGUACAGAAAUGGUUGAUUGGUUGAGUGUACUUGCAACCGAUACGUUAGAAUCGAUCAAAAAUAUAUCGUUGACACGUUUUCAAGUUGUUGGUAUAUGGCAGGCAUUAUUAGAAAAUGGUGUAAUUGCACAUGUAAGCAAUGAAUUGCAAUUUGCCGAUAAACAUAUCUUUUAUCGUUGGACUAUUGGUACCACAACUAGUGUUCAUAUGAGGUUAACAACCGGUGUGAUAUUUGAUGGGGAACAAGAAAUGAUACCACACGUUGCUGAUAUUGCUGCAGCUAUAUUCCUCCUCAGUACCGUUGGGCCUGAUUCUCUCUUUCGAAUGAUUCUUUCAAAACCGUCAUCAGAGCGUACGUUGCAAGAAUUGGAACACGUUUACACGGAAUUAUUACACGUGAAAGCAUUGACACAUUUGAGUACAACGGUAAAACGUGAAUUAGCAGCGGUUGUUUUCUUCGAGCAACAUCAACAUGCCGGACAUGUGCUAUUCCGAGAAGGUGAUGUGGGUAAUUGUUGGUAUAUUGUCCUUAAAGGAUCCGUUGAUGUUAUCAUACAAGGAAAAGGUGUCGUUUGUACUCUUCGUGAAGGUGAUGAUUUUGGUAAAUUAGCUUUGGUAAAUGAUGCACCACGUGCUGCUACAGUAAUUCUUCGAAAAGAUAAAUCACAAUUUUUGCGCAUUGAUAAGAAUGAUUUCAAUCGCAUUUUACGAGAUGUGGAAGCAAAUACGGUAAGAUUAAAAGAACAUGGACAGGAUGUGCUUGUAUUGGAGAAGAUGAAUGCGAUACAUUCAGCAUUUAAUGAUACUUAUUAUCGUUCUCUAGCAGCUCCAAUUAAUGCUACAGCAACAAAUUCCACUGGAGAUUUAGCAACAGAUUUAAUGCCAAGAUGCUGUUAUUCCGUUAUGGCUGGUAUGCCGGAGAAAACUGUUGAAUAUUUAUUGGAAACUCGAAUUGAUGCGCAAACUGAUGAUGGCUUAGUAGAUACGUUUCUGGAGGAUUUCAUUCUUACACAUAUCACUCACAUGCCUGUGAACAUUUUAUGCAGUUAUCUUAAAAAUUAUUACAUGCGUGGUUCAACUGUCCGAAUGGAUGGCACACUUUUAAUAGAUAAUUAUGAGCAUAAAAUUGUUGCAAAACGACGUGUAGUUGCUUUUUUAAAUUUAUGGGUACAAAUUCUUGGUUUACGAUUCUUUCUUGACCCUGCAUCGAAUAGUUUUGUUGAGGAAUUAUAUUGCUAUGUUCUGGAAGAUAGUCAACAAUUCCCAGAGAUGUUAUCAAAUUUAGAACCAAUGCAUGCAAUACGACAACUUCGUGAAAAUGCAAUGCAAACGAUUAAUAGGCAUUCGUCAGUGGUACUUGAUUGUGGUAUUUACUGUAAUCAUGCACCAGCACCAAAUCCCAUAUUACCAUUUGAUACUUGUAAUCAAGUAAUUUAUCUAUCCGAUACAAGUUCUUUUAUAAUGAGCAUAAGACUUGAUAAAACUGCUGCUGAUAUUUGUGAAAUGGCAAAAACAAAAAUGCUCUACGGUGGCUCUGACGAAAAAUUGCAAUUAGUUGAAGUGAAAAGUAGUGGAGAAAAAAUAAUCUUUUCACCGAAUGAUAUAAGUGUUCCAACAAUGAUUUCAUUGAAUGGACGUUUGUAUAUUGCGUACAACGAUGAAAUUGAAACGCUGGUACCAGUACCACAACAAAAUGGUCCAUCAGAAAGUGUUCAUUCCUCAUUGCUGGACUAUUUAAGUAGUGUUGACAUUGCUCAACAGUUGCUCAUCUUUCAUACUCAAUUAUUAGAAGCAACCGAUGAUAUUGAAUUCNUACCAGUACCACAACAAAAUGGUCCAUCAGAAAGUGUUCAUUCCUCAUUGCUGGACUAUUUAAGUAGUGUUGACAUUGCUCAACAGUUGCUCAUCUUUCAUACUCAAUUAUUAGAAGCAACCGAUGAUAUUGAAUUCAUCACUCAGGUAUUUGGACGUGAACAAUUUCCCAAUCGGAUAACAUCAAAUUUAGAUCUUUUAAUGCGUCGUUUCAAUGAGGUACAAUUUUGGACAACGACAGAAGUACUGCUUGCACAAGGCAGUGCAAAACGUCUUUCUAUUCUUAAAAAAUUUAUCAAAAUUGCUGCUCACGCAAAAGAAAACAGGGAUUUAUUGUCAUUGUUUGCGAUUAUCUUAGGUCUAAGUAAUGUUGCUGUUAGUCGGAUUACUCAUCUUUGGGAUAAACUUCCAACUAAAAUGAAACAACAAUAUGCGGAAUUUGAAGAAUUGCUUGAUCCAUGCCGUAAUCAUCGUGCUUAUCGGAUGCUUACAGCUAAUAUGAGUGCGCCAACGGUACCAUUUAUUCCAUUACUCCUCAAGGAUUUAACAUUUACGCAUGAAGGCAAUAAGACCUAUUUUGCUGGCUUAAUCAAUUUUGAAAAAAUGCAUAUGAUUGCUAAUGUUUUGCGAAGCUUUAGACAUUGCAAAUGUCCAGCUGUCACCUUUGAACGAAAAGUUUUCAGAUCAAAAAACCUUGUUAGGAAUUUCAAAGUGAUCGACAAUCAGCGGCGCCUGAUGGAAUUAUCUUAUCAAAUUGAGCCAUCAAAAGGGAGAUGCUUGUAG